AUGGAAGAGUAUGAGGCAUGUAUCUACAGUAUGGAGGCGGCCAUUGACUUAAAGAUCAAGAUUCUUGAGGUGUAUGGAGAUUCAACUCUGGUAAUCAGUCAGGUAAAAGGUGAUUGGGAAACCCGAGAUAGCAAAUUAAUACCUUAUAAAGAGCACAUCAGAAAAUGGAUACCCUACUUUGAUGAAAUAUCUUUUCAUCAUAUUCCUAGGGAAGAAAAUCAGUUAGCAAACGCUCUAGCUACGUUAGCGUCUAAGUUUAAAGUCAAAUGGAAUAAUGAAGCACCAACUAUCCAUAUUGAUCACUUAGAUGAACCAACACAUUGUCUAGUAACCGAGGCAGAUUCUGAUGAUAAGCCUUGGUUCUAUGACAUAAAGACAUUUUUGGAGAAACAACAAUAUCCUGAGGGUAUAUUUAUUACUGAUAAGAAGGCCUUGAGAAUACUCUCUUCCAAGUUUUUCUUAAACAUUGAUGUGUUAUAUAAGAGGAAUUAUGAUUCUGUGCUGCUUAGAUGUGUGGAUAGACACGAAGCUAGCACGAUCAUAAAAUCUAUAUAUGAAGUCUACGAGGGUGUACAUACGAAAGGUCCUGCUAUGGACAAGAAGAUACUUCGGGUUGGUUAUUACUGGACAAUGAUAGAGGUAAACUGUUACGACUUUGUUAAAAGAUGCCACAAAUGUCAAAUAUAUGGUGACAAGAUCUUUGUGCCACCAACUCCGUUGAACAUUCUAACGUCUACAUGA